GAGAGUAGUAAAAAUGAGAAGAAAGAGAAUGUGAGUGGAUUGUAUAGUAUCGGACAUUGUGGUGAGAAAAAGAAGAAAAUUAAAAGAAACAAAAAUAAGAUACUCACCUGCUACCAAAACACCAGUAAUAUGGACAAGGACGAAAAGCAGAUGCUUGAGCAGAAUUCGGAGUAUGUCGAAGGUGGAGAAUCAGUUAUAGAACCUAAAGUAGAAGAUGAAAAUAGAUUAGUAUUUGACCGUGGAAAAUUAAUUAAAAGUGAAGCUCCAAUAUCUGAUAUACAUUGUGGUGAAAAUGAUGCUGAAAGUAUACUUGUGGAAUCUGAUGGUAAAAAGCGCAUAGCCAGAUUUGAUAAAGCCACAGUAUUUGAGUGGGAUACGAAAGUUGCUGAUGAUGUUGAGUCUUGUAGACAAACCGAUGUUGAGUAUAGUUACCAAAAGGGUAGUAAUAGUUCAAAUGCGAAUAAUAAAGAAAGGGAAACGUACGAUGAUGUAAUUAAGAAAGAAGAUGGAAACCUAAGAGAUAAAAUAGGAAUUAGGGGUACAGACAUGGUGUCUAAUAAAGGUGAAUCUGUUAAUUUAGGUGAGAAAGAUGUAAAGCUGGUUGGAAGUAUAGCUCCAAAAAACAUAGCUAUAAUCUACUGUGACGAUGAAAGUAUUUCAAUUGAUUCAGGUGAUAACCAUAAUAUGAGCAUCGCUAAGGUUGGCAGUAAUAGACCUGAAGAGUGCAAAUAUCAUUGCAAGUAUAAAAUCCAUAUAAAGGAUUAUUGCAGAACUAGAGCUAGCAAUGUGGAUAAGGAUAAUGUCCUUGGUCAAUUGUUGAUGAAACGAAUAGGCGAUA